UUUUUAACAUAUAUGAUUUGUAUGAAUCGUCGAUCUAUCGCUAUGCGCUACUAUUCUGUCGCUAAAUUAUAUUUCAUUUUUAGUCAAAUAUCUUCCAUGUUCCCACUUCUGUUGUCAUCUCUAUGACAACGAUGCGCUGACUGGCUAAGAGAACCUGAAUGGAUGCGCUGAUUGGCUGAGAGAGCAUGCAUGGAUGCGCUGAUUAGCUGAGAGAGCCUGCAUGCUGCUAGCUAGAGUGGACGGACCGCAGCAGUGUGAAACACGAGUCGCACCCGGCACUUUGCAAUCUGUUUGUUUACAUGCCACCAGUGGACAUGCCACCAGUGGAGGACCAAAUCUCACAAAAUGUCAUGCUGAAAGUUGACCAAGAGAAGAAAAGUGGACAACGAAAAUCGCCGUUUCAAAAUGAGGAAUGGACUGACAAAUAUGUGCCCAUUUUACCAACUGCAAGUACCAAACCUAAGUGCUUAAUGUGCUUUAAGACAAUUGCACUGUUAAAAGUGAAAAUAUGAAAACGCCAUUAUGUUAAAGAGCACAGCUCUUUGAAGGGAAGUUUCCCCCUAAAUCAGAAUUCAGAAGGCAAGAAAUUAACAGGUUGAAGCAGUCAUAUCAAGAGUCAAGCAAGGUUAUUAUUAAAUCCAUGAAACAACAACGGAGUGCUCACUCAGAGUGUCGUGGAUGUUGGCCAAACAUAAGAAGCCAUUCUCUGCUGGAGAAAUAAUAAAAGAGUGCAUGACUGAAGUGAUGGCAUCAUAGCAGCAAUGUUCGAAGGAAAAGAAAAGAAGGAAAUGACAACAAAAAUCAAACAAAUCUCACUCCCAGAUUCAUCAACCACAAGACGCACUGAAGUACUGGCUGAUGAUGUGAGUAAACACCUUUGUGACCCCCAAAUGCCAUUUCUCUCAUUGAGCAGUGUUUACUGUUAAAGUUACUGUCAAUAAUUAUUUUGUUUGCACCUUAAUGACAGAGCUUGUCAUUUAUGUUUUGUACAUUUGAACAUGUACUGUACUAAUUGCACAUGAUUUCUUUUUUGUCCAGCAGAGUUUUAUAGUUACAAAAUGUACUGUCAAUAGUUGUUUGCACCUUAAUGACAGAUCUUGUCAGUUAUUUAGUGUACAUGUGUAAACAUUGAACUUGCAUGUUUUUUUUUGUAUUUUUAAUUUAAGACAAGAAAAUGUUUUGCCAUUUUAUGUUUAUUUAAUCAGAAUGUGUAUUGUAUUUUGUUUGGUCCAAGGAAAACCACCUUUAGCAUCUUCGACCUGCCUCAUAUUUAACCGAUAUUAAUAAAUGGACCCAUGCUUGUAUGAACAAAACAAUUGUGGACCUUCUAGAUUUGUAUUUGAGGACCCCUGUUCUAGAUUACAACAUACAGCAACACAGUAUUAUGAGACUUUGUGCUUCAACAAUUAAGACUAAAACUUCACUGAUAAAUUGUUUGACACCUUCAUUUUAUACCCCUGAAAAUAUUUGUCAUAAAAUAACGAUUUUAUUUUCCAAAUUGUACGUCUUGUAAAACACUUAUGUUCAGAAUAAUGAAUGUAUUUUUUUUUUUUUUUGUCUUCAGAAAUACAAUUCUAUUUUCCCGAAAAUAGUUACUAUUUGAAAACAUACGACUUUACGACGUAUGACAUACGACAUUUAUUAUUCAUUUUAAAUCCUCCCUAAAUUUCCACGUUUAUACUGGUGAUCUAUUAUGUUCCUCUUGGCCAGCUGCAGCUGGAGGCUUCUCUGUUGUUAAACUUGAUCCGAUUCACGUGAUCCUAGCAUGACAAACCGCAAUGGUUUGUAAAUAUACCCGUUACUAGUCAAGUCAUUUCCGGUUAAACCAACAAACACCUGCAAGACUGGAAAUAGAAAUGAUGACAUAAACCCGAUAAGUUAGCAUUAUUUUCAGAAAUUUAUUUUCCUUUCAGAAUUGCAUUGAGGUCAAGGAUUUUACUAACGUAGUUACAUAAACGUUUAUUUUAUAAUUCUACCUGUUUAGUGGCGGAGAUGACUUUGCUGACUCUGCGAAGGUGCAUCGCGUUGGAGCCCAAAUUGUAGCGCUCCUGAGCGAACUGCAGAGCCUUCUUCAAGCCGGGGUCGGUCUCCUUUAGUCGGAUGGCUGAACCUGGAGGGCCGAACAUUGGCCGGUCCAUAUCCUCGCCGAGCCCUAGCACGGCGCCGACGACGGCGGCCAAAGCCAGGCAGACAAAGAACUGACACCCCGUCGCCAUGUCGUUUGUGUGCGUUUUCAGAAGAAAAAGGACAGCUUAGCACUCUCUUUCAGUUUUUGUGGCGGACGUCUUGUCUUCCUGCCAAAAAAAAAAAAACAGUUGUUGCCAAACAAAUCUGGAACGGCUUCGUGGGAGGAGCCAGUGGGCAGGGUAUAUUCAAGAACCCUUACGUUCAGUGACUGUUUACAAAACGUAUUCUAUACGUCACGUUACCCAAAGAUACACUUGUCCUCCUACUGCUGAUCAUUUAUUUUCCAGUUGGCAUUUGUUUGAUGUUAUUACGGAUUUUUAUCGGUGUCCAUGUAUUUUUGGUCAGCUGUGCACUGCCUGAAAGUUUUCUAAGAAGAUUCAUUGUGAGGAUUAUGUGUUCAGUUUUAGGAAUGCAUGUGAGGCAGCAAAAUCCUCAAUCCAGAGACAAAAAUACCAAACUUUACAUAUGCAAUCACGUAACAGAGUUUGAUCACAACAUAAUCAACCUCUUGACCCCCUGCUGCACUCCCCAGUUUCAGGGCUCCACAGGUUUUGUGUGUUGGGCCAGAGGCUUCAUGGAAGUCCACUCUACGCUUGGAAGAGGAGCGAUAGGAGAGUCUCUUCAGAGGUACUGCUCCACCGAAGGUGUCUCACCGUUACUUCUGCUCCCUGAAGAAGACACCACAAAUGGACGAGCUGGCCUUCUUAAAUUUUGUUCCUGGCCAUUUUCUCUGACAGAUUCAAUUCAGCCUGUGGCCUUGAGGGUCGCGAGACCUCUGAUUGCUUUGAGCACACCUGAGACCAGUUGGUUAAAAGAGCUGUUAUGGACUUUUUUUUCUCCAUUUACAGUGUAUCAUGUAAGUUGGUUGCCUCCUGUUUCCCGACAAGAUGGUGAAUCUUCACAGGAGUUUGCCAACAAAGUCCAGGAGUUGCUCGCCUGCGAACUUGGCUUGGUCUCCACAAAGAUCACUAAAGCUGACAAAGCGGAGCAUGUUAAAAGAAAACGACAUGCCUUACCACAACCAUCUACAGGAAUAAGACCUGGUUCUGUGGGCCUCGGUUUUAUGGUGCAAGGUUUGGGAACAGAUGAACGUAGGAUUGCGAAAAUGGCCCAGCAGGUGAAAGAUGUACUGCCUCACAUCCCCCUGAAUGUCAUCACAAAGGACUUGGCCAAAACAAAUUGUGUGAACGUUACCAUAACAAACCUGCUGGAACACAAGGAGGAUUCAUCAGCAGAUGAUAGUGAUACGUUGCUGUUUGGGGCUUCAGUGAACAGCUCUUAUUCUUCCGAUUCUGCACAAACCAUGAAGCCUGUUGCAAAUUCUUUUGGCAAAUCACCAGUUGACAGGCAUUUGUCUCUUCAAGAGAGAAAAGAAGCGCUGUAUAAUUUUGCAAGAAGACGCUACAUUGAAAAACAUGGAUUGAAUCAAGCAGACAGUCUCUGAACAACUUAGGUCAAGUCAUCAUUCUCAAGAAAGAAAGAAUCAUUCAACGUACCUGUCUAGCUGCAAAGAUGAUUUUAUAUUCUAUCAACUGGUGAUGGUGGAAAUCCGACUUGCUAGACAGAUCAUGGCGUGGUCUCACCAUUUACAGUAUAAGUUGGUGGAAAGAUGAUUAAUGCAUGUGUUCAAUUCUUCAUCUUGCUGAUGCAUAAUUUUGAUAACACUUUGUAUUAAGAUCCACUGACUAUGAAUCAUCUAUUUAUUUUUAUAAUGUCCAGAGGUGUCAAUUACAAAUAAAGUUCAGUUUGACAUUCCUUUCGGAAUUAUUUCGCAACUCCUGUAUAUUAGCAAUGGCACUUUGUUUUAACUUAAGCUUAAAUAUUUUGAUGGGAUAUAAAACAAGCUCUUAAAUAUACUGCCUAGUUAAUAUACUCUG